GAAGUGACGAGUGAAGUGUUGUCGUUGGUGGUGAGAGCGGUUAAUUCGUGUUGUGGAGCAAUUGAAGUUUAUGGUGGCCGAAUAAAAACUGCGGUCGAGGGAUGUUUUGCCCGUUUUGUGGCAAACACAUGAGUACUCUAACGCGGUUUUGUUUUACGUGCGGUCGAUGUUUAGAGUUUUUAAAGGACGCAGACCAGACGGAAACAUUGGACACAGUGCAUCAAUGUGUUCAAUAUUUCAACGAGGGCCACUCGUACGCUGUAAUUGUGGACAUGAUGUCAAGUCUACACGGUGUGAACAUCUGCUUAAGGACUCUUAAAAGUAAACUGAACGAAGUCGGUUUGUACCGCAGAAAGGAUUAUUCUUCUCCAAACUGCGUGAGUAACGCCAUCAGAUUGGAACUUCGUGGACCUGGACAACUAUUUGGCUACCGCACGAUGUGGCAGGUACUUAAACAAAAGUACAAAAUUCGAGUGAAGAGAGAUGAUGUGAUGAAUUUGCUCCGGGAGCUCAAUCCCCGAGGGUGUGAGAGCAGAACACGCAGAAGGUUUAUAAGAAGAACCUACCAUUCAAUGGGACCUAACUAUAUGUGGCACGCAGAUGGUUAUGAUAAACUUAAGCCGUUCGGUAUGGCCAUAUCGGGGUGCAUAGAUGGAUUUUCACGUAAAGUACUGUGGCUUGAAAGUGGAGUAACAAAUAAUAACCCAACAGUGAUUGCUCGCUAUUUCAUGUCGUGUGUGCGAAAGCUCGGUGUCAUCCCCAUGAGACUGAGGACUGAUUGCGGCACUGAGAACGGUAUAAUGGCUGCAAUUCAAUGUACGCUACGCCACCAUCACAGUGAUUACUACGCCGGCGCUUCCAGCCACAUGUACGGCUCGUCAAUAAAUAACCAACGUAUUGAGUCCUGGUGGUCUAUAUUUAGAAAGGGAAGGUCUCAGUUCUGGAUGGAGUUAUUUGCAGACCUUAGAGAAGCUGGAUACUUCAACGGGAGUCAUGAGCAUCAGUGCCUAUUGAGAUAUUGCUUUGGGGAUGUUAUUCAGAAGGACUUGGAUGAGUGUGCGAGGUUGUGGAACAGUCACAGGAUUCGUCGAUCCAGAACAGCAGCAUGUCCAGGAGGAGUGCCCAAUGAACUCUACUACUUACCACACAGGUUUGGCUCCAGAGACUGUGGAUUUCAGAUCGAACCGGCUGAACUGGAUGUCCUUCCUGAGGCUAGCCUGUCAGUGACUCCUUGUGGGGACCCAAACAUGCAGGAGUACUUGGACUUUGCUAUGGAACACAAUCAGUUACAGAAGCCAGAAAACUGGGAAUCUGCAUCAGAACUGUACAUGAAACUAAAAGAAAUGGCUCAGCUAUGA